GAGAGGGGAGGGGGGAGCGGAGCCGAGCGGAGACAGCCGCGGCGCUGCAGAGCGUCUGGGGCGGCGGCGCGGCUCCCGGUGCUCCCCCCGGCGCCCGCCCCGCGUCGGUGAGGGCCCGGCCUGGAGGCCCGGAGCCAUGGGCUGCAUCGGCUCCCGGACCGUGGGAAAUGAGGUGAUUGCCGUCGACUGGAAGGGCCUGAAAGAUGUGGACCAAAUCAACAUGGACAGCACCAGCUCGCUGCACGGGAGCAGCCUGCACCGGCCGUCCACCGAGCAAACCCGGACCGACUUCUCCUGGGAUGGCAUCAAUCUCUCCAUGGAGGACACCACGUCCAUCCUUCCGAAGCUCAAGCGAAACUCGAACGCCUAUGGCAUCGGGGCCCUGGCCAAGUCAUCAUUCUCAGGGAUUUCUCGAAGCAUGAAGGACCACGUGACAAAGCCCACAGCCAUGGGGCAGGGCCGGGUGGCCCAUAUGAUUGAAUGGCAGGGCUGGGGGAAGGCACCAGCCAUUCAGCCGCAACACAGCCAUGAGGCGGUGCGCAGGGACACCGAUGCCUACUCCGACCUCAGCGACGGCGAGAAGGAGGCACGCUUCCUGGCAGGUGUCAUGGAACAGUUUGCUAUUUCCGAGGCCACUCUCAUGGCCUGGUCUUCCAUGGAUGGUGAGGACAUGAGUGUCAACUCCACCCAGGAGCCACUGGGCUGCAACUACAGUGACAACUACCAGGAGCUGAUGGAGAGUCAGGAUGCCCUCGCUCAAGCCCCGAUGGACGGAUGGCCUCACUCCUAUGUGUCCCAGGGCAUGUACUGUCUGGGCUCAUCGGAUGCCUGGGAAGCAAGCGACCAGUCCCUCAUCGCCUCUCCGGCCACAGGAUCCUACCUUGGCCCUGCAUUUGAUGACUCACAGCCCAGCUUGCAUGAAAUGGGGCCUUCCCAACCUGCUUCAGGAUACUCUGCUCAGGAGCCCCCAUCUUUUCUCGGGGGAGACGCUGACUGGGCUCCAGGGGUGGGCGGGGUGGACCUGGCGAGGGGCCCUGCCGAGGAGGAGAAGCGGCCACUGGCCCCCGAGGAGGAAGAGGAUGCGGGAUGCCGGGACCUGGAGUCGCUUUCCCCACGAGAAGACCCUGAGGUGUCCACAGCUCUUAGCCGGAAAGUGUCUGACGUCACAUCCUCGGGCGUGCAGUCUUUCGAUGAGGAGGAGGGCGAGGCCAACAACUAGCUUCCUCCCACUCCACGCCCUGCCUUCCACUCCCUCCUGAGGGGCAUGGCUGCAGCAACACCCUCCCUUCCCCCAGAAGGACGGCUGAAACCUGGGCAGAAGACCGACGGCCACGAGCCCAGGAGUCCUCGCCAGCGAAACAGAGGGCCAGGGUGGGAUGCUAUCCAGGCUUACACUGGAGAAAGCACAGGUCCAGGAACUGAAGCCCAGGCAAGCAGAUGGCUGUGAACUUGGCUCGGCUGCGGGCUUCUGGGUCUGUGAUGGCGGGGCUCCGGUGAGUGUCCUGAGCACAGGAGCCAAGAAUGGCCCUCGGAUCUCGGUUUUCCGCUCUCUGAUCUCGUCUUCCAGCAACCUUGAUGGUGGCUGUCUGAAGGCCUCCUUUCUCCAUGUCACUCUUGCUCUUCUCUGCCUGUGGCCCAGGCUCAUUCGUCCUGUGAGGACCAGAUCUCAGGGGCUGUCGGACGUGGUUCCAUGGGCACAGGGGAAGCAACGUAGAGACCACAUCUCAUUAGAGGGUGGAGAGUCUGCCCUCAGAGGUAACACAGCUUCUGCGACCGGGAGUCAGCAGGCGGACGUGCCAGCUGGGGUGCACAGGGGCACAAGCCUGGUUCUGGAUAUCAAGACCCACCUGGAGACCAGGCGGUCGCUGGGGAGACCAAGAACAGGCACGGCCACUAGUUCUGGGAUCUUGACUAUCUGGUGGCUGAAAGAAGGACCCUAAGGAUCUGGGAAAGGACCCUGCCGGGGCUGGCUGCUCCAACUCUUCCCUUUUCUGCCUUCUUCUAUCCCCUGCUCUGGGAGCCCCGGCCCCAAAGAGGACACAGAAUGCAGGUGUCCUGGCCAGAUGGGGAAGCAUGAGGCUGUGUCUCCCUCCAUCCACCCCCAAAUUCUCUGGAGCUGUUUACACUUUU